UAAAGGAGACAUAUGGCCCACUCCACCGUAAGUCAUGCCUCAAUCGAACCCUUCCAGUCAACAUAUAAUGCCUUUCAUUUCCUGGCUAGCUUGAUCAAGGUAGCUUUGAAGCUUCUCCCACUGCAGGCUUUAAUGGCUAAACCAAAGUAUGGAGUAGUACUUAUGGUCUUCUUCUUCCUCAGCAUCUUCUUUCAUGGAACUGAAUCGUCAGCAGAGCCGUGGCUGACUGAGGAAGAUAACGAAGUGAUCGUGGUGCAAAGCCGGCAUGAUUCGGGAAGAAGAUGUGACUUUUCCGUUGGGAAAUGGGUUUAUGAUCAAUCUUAUCCUCUCUACGACUCAAACUGUCCCUAUCUUACUACAACCGUCACUUGUCAGAAAAACGGACGCCCGGAUUCUGACUACGAGAAGUGGAAGUGGAAGCCGCAAGCUUGUUCUAUUCCAAGGUUUGAUGCGUUGGAUUUUCUUGGAAGGAUGAGAAGGAAAAGAAUAAUGCUGGUAGGUGAUUCUAUAAUGAGGAAUCAAUGGGAGUCUCUUGUGUGCUUAGUGCAAGGAGUUAUUCCAACUGCUCGAAAGAGGGUGACCUAUAAUGGUCUUUCCAUGGCCUUCCAUGCUAUGGAUUUUGAGACAUCAAUAGAGUUUAGUUGGGCACCACUUCUAGUGGAGUUGAAGAAAGGAGGUGAAAACAAGAGAAUCUUGCAUUUGGAUCAGAUCGAAGAGAAUGCUAAGUAUUGGAGAGGCGUUGACAUCCUUGUCUUUGAUUCUGCUCACUGGUGGACUCAUUCUGAUAAAUGGAGUUCGUGGGACUAUUUAAUGGAGGGAAAUAGUCAAUUUACAACUAUGAAUCCGAUGGUUGCAUAUGAGAAAGGACUGACAACAUGGGCAAAAUGGAUAGAUUUAAAUGUAGACCCUAGCAAAACCCAAGUCAUUUUCCGCAGCAUGUCACCUCGACAUAACAGGGAUAAUGGAUGGAAAUGCUAUAACCAACAACAACCUCUAGCUUUCUUUAGCCACCAACAUGUUCCAGAACAAUUGGUUGUGUUACAAGGGGUGUUGAGAAGGAUGAGGUUCCCAGUGUAUCUGCAAGAUAUUACCACAAUGACUGCUCUUCGAAGAGAUGGGCAUCCUUCUGUGUACGGAAGGGCAAUGGGGCAAGAAGAGAAGCAGCAUCUAAAGGACUUUUCCUCUGACUGCAGCCAUUGGUGCCUCCCUGGGGUCCCUGAUUCCUGGAACGAGAUGUUGAGUGCCUUGCUCAAAGAAUGAACUACGUACUUUUUGUAACCAAAAUUAAUUAGGUAAACUAAUUAAUUGGGUUUGUUUUAUAAUCUUCAAAAUUAAUUAGGAUGAUGCUACCAACUACUGCAUGUAUGUGAUGUUUCUAUGAUGGAUAAUGCUCGUUCUAUAUUAAUUUGUCUUUUCUUCCUUGUAUUAAAAA